ACCCCGGAAGUGCAACUUGAACUCGGCAGUGGCGCCGCAUCCGGGGAGCUGAGAUCACAACAAGCGCACGAGUGAGUCCGGCCGGAGAUGGACAACCGACUUUGUGGUACAUCUCAUCAAAUAAUUAAUAGUUGGUAUUGACUCUCUUCUGAGAAUUGAUGUCCAUUUCCAUCAUUUCUUUAAUUUGGUUGACACUUUGGAUAAACAUGGCACAACUCCAGCAGGGAGGUCCGGAUGAAAAAGAAAAAACUACAGCACUAAAAGAUUUAUUGUCUAGAAUAGACUUGGAUGAACUGAUGAAAAAAGAUGAGCCACCUCUUGAGUUUCCUGAUACUCUUGAAGGAUUUGAGUAUGCUUUUAAUGAAAAGGGGCAGCUGAGGCACAUUACAACAGGGGAGCCAUUUGUAUUUAAUGCCCGUGAAGAUUUGCACCGAUGGAACCAAAAGCGCUAUGAGGCUCUUGGAGAGAUUAUUACUAAAUAUGUAUAUGAACUCUUGGAAAAGGAUUGCAAAUUGAAAAAAAUCUCACUUCCAGUAGAUGCUACUGAGAGUGAACCAAAGAAUUUUAUCUUUAUGAGUGAGGAUGCAAUGACUAAUCCAGACAAACUGAUGGUUUUAAUUCAUGGUAGUGGUGUUGUCAGGGCAGGUCAAUGGGCUAGAAAGCUUAUUAUAAAUGAAGAUCUGGACAGUGGCACACAGAUACCUUAUAUUAAGAGAGCUAUGGAUGAAGGGUAUGGAGUAAUAGUGCUCAAUCCCAAUGAAAACUAUAUUGAAGUGGAAAAGACCAAAUCACAAGUGCAGUUAUCUUCUGAUGGUUCAGAUGAGCCAGCAGAAAAACGUGAAAGAAAAGAUAAAAACUUCAAAGAAGUAAAGAAGCGGCGUGAUUUUUAUGAAAAGUAUCGUAACCCGCAGAAAGAAAAAGAGAUGAUACCCUUAUAUAUUAGAGCCCUCACAACUGCAGGAUCAAAGGUCUUGGUCAGAUUGACAGAUGUGUCUGCUCUGCUCUGCUCUGCUCCUGAUAAAUGUCCUGGAGUUGUAGAGCAGCAAACACCGUAUCUACCAUCCUUUGGCCUUUUCCGAAGCCACACUGGUUCUGAGGACAAUGGCUGUCCUGAAGAACAUUUAAUCUAUGUAUGGGAUCACUUUAUAACUCAUUCUGCAGCUGAGAACACAUUUUUUGUUGCUCACAGCUAUGGAGGACUUGCCUUUGUUGAGCUGAUGAUUCAACGAGAAGCAGAUGUAAAAAAUAAGGUAACUGCUGUGGCGUUGACAGACUCUGUUCACAAUGUGUGGCAUCAAGAAGCUGGCAAAACGAUUCGGGAAUGGAUGAGAGAGAACUGUUGUAAUUGGGUGUCUAGUUCAGAACCAUUAGAUACAUCAGUGGAGUCCAUGUUGCCUGACUGCCCUCGUGUCUCUGCAGGUACUGAACGUCACGAGCUCACUUCGUGGAAGAGUCUCCCAUCUAUUUUCAAAUUCUUUACUGAAGCUUCGGAAGCAAAGAACAGUCCACUCAAAGCAGCUCUAACUCGACGCUCCCACAGGAUAAAACACGAAGAGAUUUAAGAGGAGCGAGAGAAAGAGGACACACAACCACACACAUUCUGCAUACACAUGUACACACCCGCAGACACACCCGCAAGUUCACACAGGCAUCCCUUAACUACUUAUUUUCGGCAAGCAGACUCCCAGCCCCUCAUUAGAUUGUUUUCUUCCCAGAGCACAGGGUCGUGAUGUAUACAUCUAAAUAGCGUUUUGCAUUAUUUCUAGAUGAGUGCAACUGUCAAAGCAAUAUGGGUUCACUGGUUGUGCUUCCUGUGGGCUGUAGCUUGGAUUUCGUGCUGCCCAUCAGUGCGCAGAUUAAGGCUGACAGCGGUACUGCACAGUGCAGCGUGGUGCAGCUCUAAUUGCCCUGACAUAGCCCUGCACAGAGUUGAUGGCAGAGCUUAAUAGUUUCUUCAUGGUCCUAUCGCCUGCAUUAUUUUCUGCUGCUUUGGGGAAGUGUGUGUGUGUGUGUGUAUAAAACAUCACCUUUUUUUCUUUUCAACGGAAGCAAACUUUAUUAUUUUAUAAACUUAAAAUUUUAGGUAGAUUUUUCUCCAUGUAUAAUUACUUUAAAUAUCUCUGACAACAUGUUAUUGGUUUUACUUUGGGGAUGAAUUUUAAACUCUUUAAAUUAAUAGCACAAAUGCUUUGCAUUAUGUAGAUUUAUAAAUGUGAACUAUACACUUAUUAAAAACAUUAAGAAUCUAUUCUUCCUUAAGAGACCAGAGAAAACUAGUUGAAAAUCUGUCAGUUCCUAAGUCCACUUUAUUCUACUAGAAGAACUUUGGACUUGAAAAUAAAAUUUCAAUCAAAUCUAUAUAGAGAAGUAAGGAAAAGAGAAAAUUUGGAAAUGUAAAUGAAAACGAAUGAAUAAUCCCUUGGGAUGUAUUUAUUGUGUGUAUGUAUAUGUGUAUAUAUAUAUACACAUAUACAUGUGUGUAUACAUAUAUAUGUAUGUGUUUAUAUGUGUGUACAUGCAUUUUUUGGUUUUCCGCUUUCACAUGAAACCUGUCAACUUACCAUUAAGAUAUUUACCUUGUUAGAUAUAAUAUGGUUUAAUUGAAUUCUAAUUUAGGUUAUGUACUUAAGUUUCACUUUUUAAACUUCAUCUUGUUAGAAGUUUUUAAUCCUCAAAGAAAUAGUUUAUUUUGAACUUUUAUGGAACAGAUGAAUCUGACAUUUUUUGAGACAGAAUUUUUGGAUGGCAUCAAAAAAAUUAAUCUGUGCACUCAAGUCUUUUCCUUUUAUAGGACUAAGUCAAGCCAAUGCUAUUCUUUUAGUCUACUUAGAGUUAAAAGAAUACUGCUCUGACUGAAAAGUGAAGAAUUGGAGUGAAGGAUUUUCUCUUCUUGGUCCAAUAGUAUUAUUUUUAGCUCUCCACUUUCUUUUGAGGAUCUUCUCUAAAAUCUGAUCUGUAAUCGGAUCCAGUUGAGAUCUUUACAACACUGUGAAAUAUCAGAACGAAAAUAAGUCAUGGUUUUUCUGAUAAUUCUGAUUCAAAUAUUACAUUGUAACAUGCUGAGUUUAUAAUUGUUGUAAAAAGGUCCAUUACCUAGUGAAGGUUCUGUUUAUAAUAGAUGAAGGAUGAAUUUAAUAUUUUGUCACCUUUUUAAAAAUAUGCUACUAUGGAAAUAUCUGUCUUAUUUGAUGACAUCAUGAAAUGCACCACAAAUGUCAUAGGGCUAGCUGGCCAAAAAAUCAAUUGAAAUCAUCCACCUCAUAAUAAGCAUUUAUACAUUAUGUGCUCAUAUCAGCAAGUUUUGAAACUGCUAAUGUCUGAUACUGUGUCUGCAAUGCACGAACACUAAUUAAUUCUCAUGGUUUUGAUGAUGGCAAAUUAAAGUGAUCUUUUCUUCA